AUGAAAGCGACUCAGGACCGACAAAAGUCAUACGCUGAUCGCCGUAGAAGACCGAUCGAGUUCUCAGUCGAAGAUUUGGUCAUGUUGAAGGUUUCCCCGUGGCGUGGAGUAUUACGGUUUAGAAAUAAAGGUAAACUCAAUCCUCGCUUCAUCGGUCCAUUCAAGAUUAUUAAACGCGUCAGGAAACAAGCUUACCAUUUAGAACUACCCAAAGAACUAGCAGGUAUACAUGAUGUUUUCCAUGUCGGUUAUCUACGUAAAUGUUUGGGCAAACAUGAGGACGUUGUACCAUUAUCGAAAGUUAAGAUAAAUGAAAAACUUCAAUAUGCCAAAGAAUCCGAAAGUAAUUUGAAAGAGCGGACAGUGAAUUCACGAGACAAAGAUGUAGAUUUGGUAUUAGUGAAGUGGAAACAUCAUCGCGGACCAAAUUGGACGUGGGAAUGCAAAGAGAUGAUGGCUAAGUACCCUUCAUUAAUUCCGCAACCAUGA